UGCGAUAGUUCAUUCUCUUUGGAUUGUGCCCUCCGUACGGUUAGGAAGCUCGCGGCCUUUGUACCUCUGCGCUCAUCGUCUGGUGUCUGUGUGAACAAAAAAAAAGAACAGAAAAAUGUCUGGCAAGAAGGCUGAUCCCUACGGUUUCGCCAAGGAUUUCCUGGCAGGUGGUAUUUCCGCCGCUGUUUCCAAGACCGCUGUGGCCCCAAUCGAGCGAGUCAAGCUGCUGCUGCAGGUUCAGGCCGCUUCCAAGCAGAUUGCCGCCGAUAAGCAGUACAAAGGUAUCAUCGAUUGCUUUGUUCGUAUCCCCAAGGAACAAGGCUUCGGAGCUUUCUGGAGAGGUAACCUUGCCAACGUGAUCCGGUACUUCCCGACCCAGGCCCUGAACUUCGCCUUCAAGGAUGUCUACAAACAGAUCUUCCUGGGUGGUGUUGACAAGAACACCCAGUUCUGGCGUUACUUCGUUGGAAAUCUGGGAUCCGGUGGCGCCGCUGGUGCUACCUCCUUGUGCUUUGUCUACCCACUGGACUUCGCUCGUACUCGUUUGGGUGCUGACGUUGGCCGUGGUGGACAGAGAGAAUACACUGGCUUGCUCGAUUGUUUGAAGAAGACCGUCAAAUCUGAUGGUGUCAUCGGUCUGUACCGUGGAUUCAACGUCUCGGUCCAGGGUAUCAUUAUCUAUCGUGCUGCCUACUUCGGAUGCUUCGACACUGCUAAGGGAAUGUUGCCCGAUCCUAAGAACACCUCGAUCUUCGUCUCGUGGGCCAUUGCUCAGGUUGUAACGACGGCGUCCGGUGUGAUCUCGUAUCCGUUCGAUACCGUCAGAAGACGCAUGAUGAUGCAGUCUGGCCGUGCCAAGUCCGAAAUUAUGUACAAGAAUACGCUCGACUGCUGGUACAAGAUCGGCAAGACGGAGGGCUCGAAGGCCUUCUUCAAGGGUGCAUUCUCCAACGUCCUGCGUGGCACUGGUGGCGCCCUUGUGCUCGUGUUCUACGAUGAGCUGAAGGCUCUGAUGGGUUAGGCUUAAGUUUAGUGAAAAAUAUUAACAAAAAAAAACGAAAGUAAACCAACACAGAAAAGAAGAUGCAGAUGAAGUAAACACCUAACUUAAGGCAGAAAAUCAGCAAUAAAAUCAGCUAAUUCUAUUUAUUCAAACAUAGAAAGAAACUCAAAAUUCAAGCUAAACCAAACCACGUAUUAAAGGAGGAACUAGUUCACUGGAAUGAUAUUCUUAGCAGGCAGGACAGGACUACAAAGUUGAUGUAAUACAAUACAUUAAGACGAACAAGAAUAAAAGUGCAUUUUAAUCCUAGAAA